AUGGCGCAGUUCCCGCACGCGGACUCCGCGGGGCGGGCGGAGGAUUAUCACCGAUGCGCUCCCUCAGUGGCGGCCCAAAGCAAAGUUCCGCCGUCCUUGAUUCUUCUCAUCGAGGCUGAUGCACUCGUCCUCGAUUGGGGCAGUUUGCUGCAGUGCAUUCUCCAGGGCUUUCUGGAGCGCAAGCUCAUCCCCGACGAGAACUCGAGAAUUCUGGUCCCCGGUCGCUCGCUCGUGGACGCGGGUGAGCGUAUCUUGGCGAAACAUAAAGGCAGCCGAACCUCAGAAAACGGCGGCGCACCCGCUUCGCCUGAAGGCGAAGCUUCUGUGGACGCGCUGUGCGGCCGCGUCCUCACUUCCUACUCCCCUGCUUACGAGCUAAAGGGCGGAGCCUGCCCCCGCGGACGCGCUCAGCGAAGCUCAUGGUUGAGCUCUCCCUGCCUUCCUCUCACUAACCCGCAGCCUUCAGCGGUCUCCGCGCCUUCGCAGAAAGACGCCUUCGUGCGCCUGCUCAACGCGCUGAAGGCUGCAGUGAAGCCGCACAUCGGCGCAUGUCGGUUUCUGAGAAUUCUUGAGCUGCACGCUCUCGCUGAGGGCUCGCGUAGUGCAGGCGAGGGGGACGGAAAAGCGGAGACAGCUGCAGGCGGUCACGUCGACCGUAACGGGGCUGUGGCAGCCGACCGCCACGCAGACGCGGAGGCCGUCCCCCUCCACCUCGUCCUUUGCACCAGCAACCAGUCGCUCUGGCAGGACCAUCUCGCUCGUCUGCAAAGCCUCCCGCGAGGCGAAUCCGACGGCCUUGAGUCGCCGUUGCAUCCGGACUCUGAGGGGCUUCUUCUGCGGCUGCUGAACGCAGGCGUCGCGUCCUUCUUUUCGCUGCAGAGCGGCGCCGCGGCUCUCAAACGGGCCGUGGAAGAUCUGCAGCGCGACGGAGGGGCUGUCGGAAGUCGCGCAGCUAGGGCAGACGGCGCUCGAUCGAAUUUAUCAUCUGCUUCGCCACAGACGGAGGGGACGCGCAGACAAGCGCCGCAGAAACCUCCAGAGGCUGAGGGCGGGGGAGCAGGCGGCCCCGAAAGCGACGCCCGCGUUGCGGUAGCUGCUCAGACAAUACAUUUCGCGCGCUUCGCAGCUGCCGCAGGCUUCACAUACGCCGCGUCGUCGCUGGGCGCGCCCCUGCGGUGCGAGGAGCGCGUUAACCCUUCGAAGACUCCCAACGCCGCGCCUGACUCCACAACCGAAGCGACGCUCAAGGCUCCGUCACCUGCGUCGCCCGCGGACCCGCCUUCGCCUGUCGCCGGCAGCGGGAAAACGCUGAGCUGCAGCAAGAAUGCCGACGCAGUUUGCUCCCUGUGCGGCGGCGAAGCUGCUGCAUGUACGCCAGAGAGCGACUUCACCGACGCCCCUUGUUGGCUGUGUGCGAGCUGCGACCACGCGCUGGAGGCCAGGCUUCUCAAGAGCAUUGAUGACGUCGAUCUUUUUCGUCUGCUCCAUGCCCAGCGCGCGGCAGUCUCUGCAGGUUCCGCUCCCUCGCCAGCUUGUGUUCGGGGGCCUGCACCAGACUCGGGGGUCGAGGGGGGUAUGUCGCCGCCCUCAAGAGAGCGGCCUUCUUUCCUUCAGCCACCUGCCUAUCCGUACAAGGUCUCUCCCCUGGGCUUCGCGUCUCCGCAGCCUGUGGAGCCGCGUUCAUGUGAGGCCUUGGCGUCGCGCACAGAAGCAGGUGCUGCCUCUGUUUCCGAUAGGGCGACACAAUCUUGUCUCCAUGUGGCGGCCUCGUGUGCGGCCUGUCGUUUUCUCCUCAUGGAAGAGCGGGCUCUCUUCUGGCGACAGAAGCCUGCUUCAAACGGCGUCGCAGGUCGCGAGGACGUCAACGCAGCGGUGGGUUCCAAUCCCGCCCCGGGGGACGCCUGGCACGCGGCUGCAACGGGCAUAGAGGCGUGGGGGCGAUCUAUCGUUCUAGCAUCGCCCAUUCUGGUCACUGGGACAGUAGUCAAGGGCUUCGGGAGAGGCAGCAAAAUGCUUGGCAUUCCAACCGCCAACGUCCGCGAAGCCGCGCAGCCCGUCUGCGUUGCCCCUGACCCUCUCGAAUCCGAGCUUUGUGAGGUGGGCUGCAACGGUGCCUCGCCUCUGCGCUGCGAUUCCCAGCAUUCGCGCCCUGUCACACUCGUGCCAGGUGUAUACUACGGCUGGGCGGCCUUGCUCCCAGUUCGCGACGGAGCGGGUCUGGGCCCCGACAGGACAAAAGACGUCAACGAAGGCUCGCGGGAUCAGACAGACGGAGCGGCAGCGCCUCCGGUGAAGGUGUAUAAGACUGCGAUGUCUAUUGGAUACAAUCCUUACUUUGACAACACGUCUGUCACAAUUGAACCCUACAUCUACCACGAGUUCGACGACGACUUUGUGGGAAGCCCCAUCACCGUUAUCAUCACCGGCUUCUUGCGAAGUGAGGCGGCGUUUUCGUCUUUUGGCCACCUGAUUCAAGCCAUCCAGAACGACUGCGAAAUAUGUCGAAACGCCUUAAACCAUCCGGUUCACCUCCCCUCAAAGCGUCUUCUGGAGCGUGUCUGCGAAGGCGCUAGCUGA